UUUAAUGUCUUAUUUGACAUAAUUGUUUUAAAUAUUUUCCCAUAUAAGUAACAUUUUACUCGGACUAUUUAAUUUAAUAAUUAACAAUGUUUAUUUAUUGAGCGUUUCACAAUGAAGUCUACUAAAUCUUUACCUAAAACAAGAGGCUACCGGAUUGAACAGUUUCCGAAGAAGUCACCGAACUUGGACCAGACCAUCAGUUCCCCGGACAUACCGGCGGAGCGAGUAGCCAACUUAAAGAAGGAUAAAGAAAAGGUGGAGCUCGGAAGAUCUCCACAGGACGCGCACUCUGCAUCGGAGUCUCGUUUGUUAAACAAACAACAUGAUAUAAAAGAGGAACUUCGAACAAACCAAUCAAUUAAUAUAAAAAAUCAGACUUCAAUUCCGGACAGCUCCGGGGAUAUGGCUCAGUCGUCAAGUCCAACCAGGGAUGGGGUAAGGAGAUGUGCCAGGUUAUUCAUGCGCAAAGACCAUGGAACAGAUGGAUCAGUCAAGAAAAUGGACAAAGGAAAGUGCAUAUGCCCUAAUUUGUCAAAGAAAUCCAGAUCAUGCUCCCCCAUGGGCUACGACAUUGAGGACCCCCUGUCGCGACAAAUCCGCGAGGUACACAAUGAGACGCGAAAGAGCUCUCGGAUCAUCCGCGACUCGCGAGCUCGGCUUUUGGAAAUACAAAAGAAAGCAACCCUGACCGAAGCCGACGUAAGGGAACUUGGAGAGAGAAAUGAAUUGUUGCUCCGUGAGAUGGAGCGUUUCGAACGCCUCACGAAGAUCGUGCAGCGACUGGUGGGUGCUGAAGUAGCGGAAUUGAAAAAGAAAAAUGAUUGUCCGUGUAAAGAAUAUAUACCUGGCAGUAUUGACGAGCCACCAUUUCAUCAUGGGAUGAAGAUGGAUCAUCCUACAGUGCUCCUGGCUGGUGGACCUUCAAACGACGUUCCGGGGCUAGUUGUAUGCGGCCCUCCAAUACGCAGCAAAUCUGAAAUAGAUCUGACACGGAAGCUGAGUGAGAGCUACGAUAUGCAAGAAAAAUUGGUGGCCGAUAACGCUGAUUUAGAAGUCAAAAGGUACAUACUGUACAAGGAGUUGAUGACGAAAGAUCAAAAUCUUGAGACGUGUCGUGCACAAGUGAAGAGACUGCAAGGGGAACUGAAGUUGAUGAGUAAAGAGAAUUAUUUACUGCACGAGAAAUUAAAUAGAAACAAUCCGGAGGGCGAUGCAACUGCGAUGAAUCAGGAAAUAUUUAAACAAGAAACUGAAGCGUGUGCUUGUAAUCAGAAAGAAAAAGUGGACGCAAGCCAAGCUCAAGCGUUAGUCGAAAAAUUGGAGGGUUACAAGGUGUCCACACGAGAACUAGAGAAACAGCUCGGCGGUUUGGAGUUAGAAGUUCGCCAUAUCCGAGUGGAGAUGGAUGCUGUAAAGGGGGCAGCGAUGAGUUCAUGCCGGGGCGGCGGAGGGCAGAACACUUGCUUUGAGCAACCGGCUGGCGGUCCUCCGGUGCCUCCGAUGAGCAGAGCUUGCGGUGUCUGUCCACCAUGCCCGGCGCCGUGCAAUCCCAAUGCGCCUCCGACACCAGCAGAAAAAGAAGUGCAAAAGUUAACGAUUCAGUUAAAACAGACAGAAGAGAACUUUAAAACCAAAGUUACUGAGUGCGCAAUGCUUCGGACCGAGUUAAUGAAAAAGAAAGAAGAAUUAGAGAAGGAACGCUGCCAACACCGCGAGGUUCAAAACAAGUUGAGGGAACUAGAAAUGAAAUUCGAAGGUUUGACGACACAAACGAAUAUGUUAAUGGGUACUAAAGAACAGGCAUUUGAACAAGAGGUCAAUGUGAGGACAUUAAAGCAGUGCUAUAGGGAGGCGAGAGAGGAAAUCGAAGAGUUGAGGACUUUGAUGAAAGAACAGAACGAUCAGCUGCAGGACUACAGAGUUAAGUAUAUGCAAGCACAACAACUAGUGGAAGAGCAACGUCGUCAAAUGGACAUGAUGGACAUGGACAACACGAGAAUCAGUGAACAAAUAAAUCUGGAAAUACAAAGAAUCAAGUUAAAGUUUCAAGAGAAGCUUCAAGAGUUGGCGCCGAUUCCUGAUCUUCUUAAAGCAACACAAAUGAGGCUAAAAGAUGCCCAGCAGUCUCAGGCUAUUGCUGAACACAAUGCUGAACAGUUAGCUAGAGAAUUGAACUGUGCGAGGGAGAAGGUGCAUGUGCUACUUCAUAAUAGUAUGAAACCUCCAGAGAAGCCUCCAGAGAGAACUGGCGAUGAGAAACAAAUAGCACUCCUACAGCAGAGGGUCUCUCAGUUGACAGAAGCGAACAUGACACUCAAGAAUGAGAUAGAGAGGCUCAAAUCUAACGUGAUCCGUAUGGAGGAAUCGGUGCUGGCAAACGAGAAGCGGCUGCAGGAGAAGAUGCACGAGUGUGCUCAGCUCGGUGGUGAACUGGACCGCGCCCGGGAUGAAGCGGCCAGAGCCUUGCAGCGGGCCAACGAACGCACGGACACUAUACGCAAAUGUAUGCAAACAACUGUAGCAGAACUCGAAAGACAACUCGCAGCUAGUAGAGCUCAAGUUAAAACAGCAGAGAAGGAUCGAGAAGAACUUCAAUGCCGCAUGCAAUGCCAGAUUCAGCGGCUAAACGAGAACUUCGAGCAAGCGCAGUUGCGGGUCCUCGGCCUCCAAACGCAAGUUCAGGCUCUUAGGAGAACAGUAUCUAGCACGGGAGAGGGUGACGGUACUGACCAACAGGAAUGCGCUUGCAAGACUUUCUUUGACGGCGACUGAAUUGACGAUGCCUCAUAUGAAACUGAUCAAAAAACAAAUCAAAUUACAGACGUAUAUUUGGUUCUUGUAACGGUCGGAAAGUUGAUUUUGUAUUUGUAAAACCUCAUUAAUGUUAGUGACAUAUUUAAAUUUAUUUUUUCCUAAAAUCUCUUCAUUGAUUUUUUAGAUGCUCCCUGCAUUGUCCUUAUUCCAAUAUUAGAGAACUUUAUUUUAUCUAGAGAUCCUGUUAAGAUCAUUAGAUUGUUUAUUGUCUAACCUAAUAGAUACCCAAUACUUAAUUACUUACUUACACUACUAAUUUCCCAGUUAAAAGUAAAAGGUUUUUGCAACAAUGGAAUCUUUGUAUCAUUAAUUACAACUUGUUAUUGUGGUUACUAAAAUUAGCAAAUUGAAUGGAAUGCAAGAAUUUGAUACUAUAUUUCUUUUUGUUUCGUAUUUACCUAAAUUACUAUAUACAAUGAAAUAAACACAGUUAGAAAAU